CGGCUCACAGCAGCCAUGGCCGGAGUGUGGAGCGCGCCCUCUGCAGCGCUGCUGCAGCUGCUUCUGGUGUUGGCGGUGGUAGUGGCGCUCCUGUGCAGCUCAGCGUCAGCAGGCGAGGUGGUGCGCACCAGGCAGGGCGCGCUGAGGGGCACCAGCCGCGUGUCCAGCGAGGGCCGGCCCUUCCACGCCUUCUACCGCAUACCCUACGCCAAGCCGCCCGUGGGGCCACUGCGCUUCAGGAGUCCUCAGCCUCCUGAUACGUGGACACACAUUCGCGAUGCUACGACUCCUGGACCAGUGUGCACGCAGUACGCAUUGAUAGUACCGGGACCGCCUCUCUCUGGCGCUGAGGACUGUCUAUAUCUUAACGUCUUCACCCCACAGCUGAAACAUACAGAGCCGCUUCCAGUCAUGUUCUGGAUUCACGGAGGUGGCUGGGUUGAUGGUGGUGGAACUGCUUAUGGGCCAGACUUCCUAAUGAACCACGAUGUCGUUCUUGUCACGAUUAACUACCGUCUUGGUCCUUUGGGUUUCCUGAGUACAGAAGACGCUGCAUCCCCAGGAAAUUUUGGCCUCAAGGACCAGGUGGCGGCACUCAGGUGGGUCAGGGAGAACAUCGAGGCGUUCGGCGGCGACCCCGGCAGUGUGACCAUCUUUGGGGAGAGUGCAGGUGGCGCCAGCGUGCACUACCACAUGCUGUCCCCGCUCUCCAAAGGUCUUUUCCAUCGGGCGAUCUCGCAGAGCGGCGUUUCCGUGACGCCUUGGGGAGUACCACGGCCUGGAGGUCUGCAGAAGGCGCAGAAGGUGGCAGCCCUGGUGGGAUGCCCCACGGAGCCCAGCGCCGCCCUCGUCGACUGCCUGAGGAGUGUUGACGACUACAAGAUCGUCAACACGACACCCCAGUUUACCGAGUGGUUCUUCAGUCCGCUUAUACCUUUCCGACCAGCUGUGGAAGGUGAAGGAGAAGAUUCGUUUCUGCCCAAACAUCCACUUGAUCUGAAGCCUCACACAGCAGUUCCAUGGAUCACAGGUGCCACCCAUGACGAAGGAUACCUUUUUGCAGCGGCUUCCAUAGCAAAUAAACAGAUACUGGAAGAUUUAAAACAGGACGGAGAGAGGCUGCUUCCCCUGUCUUUAUCGUAUGACGGAGAGCCACAGGCAGAUUUAGUCACUAAGAAGAUUAAGGACUUCUAUUUCUCAAACGGUGAACUUUCUGCCAGCAAACUCAGUGAAUUGUACACUGACGGAUUAUUUAUCUGGAACGCGGAUGAGGCUGUCAGGAAGUACAAGGAUACGGCGCCUGUUUACUACUAUCUUCUUUCAUACAGGGGAAAAUACCGGAUGACAAAAGCCUUUGGAGGUGUAGAUCUGGACCUAGGUGUGUCCCAUGCGGACGAUUUAUUUUACUUAUUUUCGAACAACCCUUACUAUCCAACAUCUGGUGACAUGCCCGAGAAAGAUUAUGAAGUCGUUAAAGCCAUGACAAAGCUCUGGACAAACUUCGCUAAAACCGGAAAUCCAACACCGGACAGCGAUCCUGUGCACUGGCCCCGGGUAACUUCAGAUGAUGGGUUGGAGUACCUGGAUAUAGGAGAACAGCUGGAAGUGAAGGAAGGUCUCUUCCAGCAGCGGACAGAUUUCUGGAGGUCGCUGCCUCUCCGGGAGACGAAACGAUCGAGUGCUGUCAAGGAAGAACUCUAAAGUUGGUUCAAAUGGGCAUUAUGUAUUAAUGUUUAUUGAAGAAACUACGAAACAUUUCGGUUCACAUAACACUAAAUGCGAUAUUCAACGAUUGUUAAUCGAGUUCUACUUUCUAAAAAAUUAUUUGUAUUGAACGAAAACGUUUAUGGAAGAGUAUUCAAAGUAUUUGUAUUCUUUUUAAGUAUUAAGUUCCACUCUGAGUGCAAAAGGCACUAUUGUGUAUAUAGGUUUUUAGUUGUGGAAGAGUUUGUGAUUAUCUACCAAAAGGAAAUAAACGGUUUCGAAGCUGUCACUUUCUAA